AAAGCCAACAGACAGAUAGGCAUGAUAACUAAAAAAAGAAUAAAAGGAAAGAGAAAAAAAAAACCUAUAUACCCACAUGUCCAAAUUUCUCUCUCUAAUCCCCCUCUAAGAGCCUUCUAUAAUCCAUCACCGGCUUAGAUCGGGAGAGCUCUAUAAUAAGCCAGGGCAAGAUGCAUCUCGUGGAAGCGGCAAGCGGCAAAGAAGCGAAAAAAAUUAAGGAAGAGAAGACCACCGAAAUCAAGCCGGAGGCGGAGACGGAGACGGAGACGGAGCCCAAGGCGGCGGCGGAGGACGAGAGCGCGCUCCAUCUUUCACUCAAAGCGGCGACCACCGCCGAGUCCAGCAGCAGGAACUCGCCAACUCCAAUGCCGAGCGCUCCGGCCGGUUCCCAACUCACCAUCUUCUAUAACGGCGCCGUCAGCGUCUAUGACGCCGUUCCACUGGAGAAGGCCCAGGCGAUCAUGCUCAUCGCCGCAGCUGCGGCCGCUGCGGCCGCCGCGAACAACACCAAUGCUGCUGUUGCUGCCGCCGCCGCCGCCAAGGCCCCGGUAAUGGUCGGCCGGAAUGCUGCUGUCACGGCGGCGGCGGCGGCUUCUCCGGUGCUCACACGGUCUCUGUCGCUGCAGAGCUCCUCUGCUGUCGUGGGAGGGGCAUCACCGCCGAACCAGAUGAUUCCCAAUGGCAGUUCCCUGUGCAAGCUUCAAGCUGAGCUACCGAUUGCUAGGAGGCACUCGCUUCAGCGGUUCUUGGAGAAGCGCCGGGACAGGUUGGUUAGCAAAGCUCCAUAUGCUCUGGCAAAAACAUCAGAUGGCAUGGAAGCAUCCGUGGAGGGAAAGUCUCAAAUCUCUUGAUCCAUCAGCAUGACACCCCACGCCAAUUAUCCUAGGAUUUGAGGCUAUGUCAUUGUGAGAACCUUAACCAGGGUUUAGAUCCAUCCUUUAUUUUUAUAAGCUGUUGCUGUUUCGGACGUCCUGCCGUAACGUGAACUUGUGAUAUCUUUACGUUUCUCGCAUGCACCAACUAUGAUGUUUCUGAUUAUCUAUCUGUUUCUAGACGUUGCUAAGUAUGAAAUUCUAGCCACUUUUUGAGCUGUCUGUGAAAAUAAAAAAAUUAAGCCCUCCCAA